UCAACUUUCUAACUCUCAAAAGUUUCAAUCAACUUCUUCUUUAUAUAUAAACUUCAUUUCUUCUUUCCUCCUAAUCUUUCCUUUCAAAUUCAAGUUCCUUCUGAGAUUUUUGGGAUUAUUGUUUAUGUAAUUAACGAUCAACCGAUGUGAAUUUCGAAGAUCUCCAUACCCUUUUUCUCAUUUUGCUUCACAGAUAAAAUGUUGUGGGAAUCAUUGGGUUUUCUUUCUACUUUCCUUUUUCUUUUUUCUUUUCUGACAUGUUUCUUUGUUUCUUUGUUUGCUUGCUUCUUAUUAAUGGCGGAAGCAGAGUUUUCGUACGAAAAUAUGUAUGAAGAAACUGGGUGCUCUGAUCCCAAUUCCAUGUCAGCUGAACCUACACCGGAUGCUUCAGAAAAUGGGUUUCCUCAAACCAUGGCGCAUAUUGCUUCUUUGCCUUCUUUUCCUCCGCCCCUCAUUCCCGGUGCUCCCCAAGAAACCACCCAUGGCCAUUUUCACGACAAUGAUCUCAAUCUUUCCAUGGACGAGGUCUCUUAUCAUCACCACCGUACCAGCGGUGGUGACGCUAUGGAACUUGAGUUUCAACAGGCAGCGGCAGCUGCGGUGGGAGCGUUUGAUAACACCCAUAAUUUUGGUCAAGAAGUUACUUCUGAUUCGAAUCGGAUGGUGUGUCUCGAUCAAUCCAAUUGGGUUGGAACUCAAAUUCAGGAAAUGGGGUUUAAUCACCACCAUCAGAUUCAAUCUCAAGAUCAUCAGCAUCAGCAGCACCACUUUUCUGAUUCCGCCAUGGCCACUGCCUACACUCAAGCUCCAGACCUCUUGAAUUUCUUAAACAUGCCGGCCGCUGCCAGAUGCUCCAACAAGUCUUCCAUCUCCUUCUCCAAUCUCCACACCUCCGCCAUGGGAGGGUAUCUUGGAGACCUUCCCGCCGGAGACGGUGGCACCUCAUCAUCGACUUCGCUUUCAAUACUCUACGAUCCUCUGUUUCACUUGAAUCUUCCACCGCAGCCGCCGCUGUUCAAGGAACUGUUUCACUCUCUUCCUCAUGGAUAUGGCUUACCGGCGGCGAGUUCCAGAGUCCGAGGAGGGAGUUUGUUCCCGGAAGGGGAGAUAAUGGAGAGAGAAGGAACUGCCGGAGUUUAUGAAGACGGCGAUGGAAGCGGUGUUUUGGAGUUCAGUAGAGAUAUGGCGGAUUGUAUUGGGAAAGGACGAGAUGGGAAAAUGACUAAACAUUAUGCCACUGAACGCCAUAGAAGAGUUCAAUUGAAUGACAAAUAUGUAGCUCUCAGAAGUUUGAUUCCUAUUCCUACUAAGACUGAUAGAGCAUCAAUUGUGGGAGACGCCAUAAAUUACAUCCAAGAGCUUCUAAGAGAAGUGAAAGAACUGAAACAACUGGUGGAGAAGAAGAGAUGCAGCAGAGAGAGGAGCAAAAGGGUACGGACGGCGGAGGAAUUAGAGGGCGGCGGCGCGUGGGAUGUUGAAAGCUCAAAUGCAAAAGCAGGUGGUGUAGUGGGAGACGGCGUAGAAGAUCAAAGCUACAAUUUGAGAAGCUCAUGGCUGCAGAGAAAGACCAAAGAUACUGAAGUUGAUGUGAGAAUUGUUGAUGAUGAAGUUACUAUAAAGCUUGUGCAGCGUAAACUCAACUGCUUGUUGCUUGUCUCUAGAUUGCUUGAUGAUCUUCAGCUUGAUCUUCACCAUGUCGCCGGUGGUCAUAUCGGCGAUUACUACAGCUUCUUGUUCAAUACCAAGAUAUAUGAAGGUUCAUCAAUGUAUGCAAGUGCCAUAGCCAACAAGGUUAUGGAGGCAGUGGACAGACAAUACAACAACACAUCAAUACCUAUUAAUUUGUUAGUGUUUUUUUUUUUUUGUUGUGAUUAGAUGAUAUUUACUAUGACAGCUAAACCAUACCCUAAACCCUAAAUGUUCUCUAAUUUCUAAUUUUAGUUUCUAUUACUAUUAA